CGAGGAUCUCAAAGCGGCAGCAAAAAAUUGCCUCGAUGCGAUGAACGCCUCAUGUAGGCAUCAGCAUGGAAAGCUGUGAGUCUCCCGUGGUUUCUGGGACAGACGAUGGGCUCGGCUCCUCCGCCACCUCUCAGCAGCAGCAGCACCCUCCGCAGCCCUGGAACGAUCACUCUAACUCACAGGUCCUUCCCAGCAGCCAGUCCCCUUCCCUGGAGCCCCUGUCUCUCACCGCACCCUUCCCAGCCCAACUCCAGGCACCACUCCGCGAAGCUGUAAGAGAGCAGCAGCAGCAGCAAAUACGGACACCACCCCAGGCCCCUAGCGACAGCACCCCCAGUGGUCAGCUGCACCCCAGAAGAGAGGGGCUGGAGGAGGAGGAGCAAGAGGGUGUGAGUUGUGGUGAAGAGGACGAAGAUUUGGAGGACUUGGACGAAAUGGAGAUUGACAACUGUUUCCCGAGUCUACAGCCGUUCCCUGGUGUGCCCAUAGCAUCAGGAGGAGGUGGCAUGCCCACACUCAUGCGCCAGCAACCCACACACCGGAGUGGUGCUGCAGAGAGUGGGAGUGAGGAAGGAGAGGAGGAAGAAGAGGAGAACAGUGAUGUGGAGAACCUAGCUGGAGAGAUAGUCUACCAGCCUGAUGGCUCAGCUUACAUUGUGGAGAGCCUCAGCCAGCUGAUCCAAAGUGAUGGAGGCGCAGGGUCUGGCCUGCUCCCCACAAACUCUCUCCCCAAUGCGGGGAAGCCGGGGGAACCUGCUGGAACCUCUUCUUCGGUGUACCCUCAAAUCAUCAACACGUUCCACAUAGCCUCAUCUUUUGGGAAGUGGUUUGGCUCCUCAGACCAAGGUUUCUCCAAUACCUCAACCCUGGCAGGCCUCAGUCCUGUCCUGCACAGUUUCCGCGUCUUUGAUGUGCGGCACAAAAGCAACAAGGAUUACCUGAACAGCGACGGGUCUGCCAAGAAGUCCUGUGUAUCCAAAGAUGUUCCCAACAACGUGGAUUUCUCCAAAUUUGACGGGCUAGCGCUUUAUGGCAAAGGCAAGCCCAUUCUCAUGUGUUUCCUCUGCAAGCUGUCCUUUGGCUAUGCGCGUUCUUUUGCCACUCAUGCUGUCCAUGACCAUCGCAUGACCCUGUGUGAAGAUGAGCGCCGGCUUUUGGGCCACAAGCAUGCUUCGGCCAUCAUCCAGGGCAUCGGAAAAGACAAGGAGCCGCUUAUCAGCUUCCUGGAACCAAAAAACAAGAGCUCUCCUCCACCCCCUACCCUGGUGCCCAUGAACUCGGGUCAAAGCUUCUAUGGAACAUUCAGUGGUGUCCAUUUAGAGUCAGGAAGCAGCAGCGGAGGAGGUGAGGUUCUGCUCAACAAAGACUCAGAUUCGAGUCUCCAGCAGCAAGCUCCAUUGGGCUCCCUCCUCACUCUGGGGAGUCGAGCUAGCCCCAAACCAUCUUCUCAUACCUCAACCCCAGGCCCUGCCAAAGACUCCAACACCCUGCCCAAGCUGCAGGGAGGGAGAACAGAGGGGCCUGUUGGGAAAGAGGGCACUCUCAGAGGGGAGGAUGGCGAAGCGGAGUCCUGUGAAAGCAAAGCUCUCUUGCCCAGUGAGGAGAUAGGGUCAGAGGAAGAGGAAGAACUCUUGCUAGAAGAAGAGGAGGAUGAGAUGGGGGAUGAAGGCACUUCAGUGGCCUGUGGUGGUAGUAGUAGCAGCAGACAAGUGGGGGAACUGGCUAUCUCAAACCAAAGCAUUUCCAAAUCUCCUUUAUUAAUGCCUAGUAGCACUCUCCAGCCUCCCACCUGUCCUUCUGCAGCCAGCCCUACACUUAACAGCAAAACCCCAGCUUCCAUGUCCUCUUCCUCUGUCAGGGGGUCGGAAGAGGGGAUGGCUGCAGAGGGUGGGGGGAGGACCUCUGAGCUCCCUCUGAGCUUUAACUGCCAGGGGCCCUCUGUCCCCGUGGCUAUGGCGGCAGCUGCCGGUAGAGGGGGUGAGGAGGAUGGAGCUGCAUGCUCCUCCACGGGCAAUUCCUCCCCUCUGGUCUCCCAUGCCGCCGCUGAUGAAAGUGCCAAUCGAGAGAGUGCCACAGCUCCUGAACCAAAUGAUUGCCCAGCAGAGGGAGACGAGGACAAUGGAGCUCUCCUGCAUCACCACCACCUUCACCACCAUCACCACCACCUGCAUCCUUCACCCCAUGCCCACGCCCAUCCGCAUGCACACCACACGGCAUCCUGUGAUAUCGCAGGUGUGGGUGAGUGCUCUCAGAACCACGGGGUUGGAGGCAGUGGAGGAAGUGGGGUGGAAUGCCCUAAAUGUGAUACUGUCCUGGGGUCUUCACGGUCACUGGGUGGCCACAUGACCAUGAUGCACUCACGCAACUCGUGUAAGACACUGAAGUGUCCUAAGUGCAACUGGCACUACAAAUACCAGCAGACCCUUGAAGCCCACAUGAAGGAGAAGCACCCUGACUCUGGGGGCUCCUGUGUGUACUGCAGCAGUGGGCAGAGUCACCCUCGUCUUGCCCGUGGUGAGAGCUACACCUGUGGCUAUAAGCCAUUCCGCUGCGAGGUCUGCAACUACUCCACCACUACGAAGGGUAACCUCAGUAUCCACAUGCAGUCAGACAAACACCUCAACAACAUGCAGACACUCCAAAAUGGAGGUUCCAUAGCUGGAGCAGGUGAACAGGUGUUUGGGCACGCACCUGGUGGAGUGGUAGCUGUUCCCUCAGCCACACAGGCAAGUAGCCACCAUCCUCCCCACCACCAUCACCCAGCGCAGUCCUCUGCCCACAUGGCAGGACCUUGCGGUGCCCCCUCGCCUACCAAGCCAAAAAGCAAGCCCACAUGGCGCUGCGAGGUAUGUGACUACGAGACCAAUGUGGCUCGCAACUUGCGGAUCCACAUGACCAGUGAGAAGCACAUGCACAACAUGAUGCUGCUCCAGCAGAAUGUGACACAAAUGCAGCACGGUCGCCUGGGCCUGGGGGCUAUGCCCUCACCCUCAGAGGCCGAGCUUUACCAGUACUACCUGACCCAGAACAUGAGCCUGCCCCCAGGCCUGAAGAUGGACCCUACUGGAGCUGAUGCUCAGUUCUUGCUUGGAGGCUUCCCCCUGGACCCCAAAAUGGCUGCCCUUGCGCCAGCGUUAGUAGGUGGGGAUAUCCCCAUGGAUGUGCGUCUUGGAGGUGGUCAGUUAGUGUCAGAGGAGCUGAUGACACUGGGUGAAAGCCUGUCCCAGACGAGUGACCCUUCUCUGAAGUUGUUCCAGUGUGCUGUGUGCAACCGCUUCACCACCGACAACCUGGACAUGCUGGGUCUACACAUGAGCGCUGAGCGCAGCCUGCCUGAGGAAGAGUGGAGAGCAGUGGUGGGUGAUUCCCAUCAAUGUAAGCUCUGCCAUUACACCACCCAACUCAAGGCCAACUUCCAGCUGCACUGUAAGACUGACAAGCACGUGCAGAAGUACCAGCUGGUAGCGCACAUCAAGGAGGGCGGUAAGGGCAACGAGUGGCGUCUGAAGUGCGUGGCCAUCGGCAACCCUGUGCACCUCAAGUGCAAUGCCUGUGACUACUACACCAACAGCCUGGAGAAGCUGAGGAUGCACACGGUGAAUUCUCGUCACGAGGCCAGUCUCAAGCUGUAUAAGCAUUUACAGCAACACGAGAACGCAGUGGAGGGUGACGCCUGCUACUACCAUUGUGUCCUGUGCAACUACUCCACUAAGGCCAAGCUGAAUCUCAUUCAGCACGUGCGCUCAAUGAAGCACCAGCGUAGUGAGAGCCUGCGCAAACUGCAGCGACUUCAGAAGGGCCUUCCUGAGGAAGAAGAGGAGCUGAGUGCUAUCUUCACCAUCCGGAAGUGUCCCUCUGCUGACACAGGAGAGCUGAGUGAGGAUGUGGAGGCUGCCAGUGAGACCACCACAGACCAGGAGGACCAAACCAAAGACAGAGAGAGUGGGGGGGAGAGGGAGCUCACCAAAGGGACAGCAGCCAGCCAGUCAGAGAGGGAUCAGACGGAUUCUCCAAACCCCUCCAAACGGCCCCCCUCAAUAUCUGGAACAGGAGAGAGCCCCCUUUCUUCCAAACGUCCAAGGACAGCUGAAAAGAGUGCUGGAGAGCAGAUGUACCAGUGCCCCUACUGCAAGUUUAGCAACACGGACCUGAACCGCCUCAGAAUGCACGUGAUGACUCAGCACUCAGUCCAGCCCAUGUUCCGCUGCCCUCUGUGUCAAGACAUGCUCAACAACAAGAUCCACCUGCAGUUCCACCUCACACACCUCCACAGCGUUGCACCCGACUGUGUGGACAAGCUCAUUGCCACUGUGGCGCCAUCAGAGGUACUGCCAGCGAGCAUGUUCAUACCAGUCCCUGGACUGGAUAAAGAUGCUCAGAACACCUCUCAGUCCACAGCCAACUCAAGUUCAGAUGAUACAAAGAAACCAGCAGAGACUUCAGAUGUUGAAUCAGAGAAAGGAGUUUCUCUGCCGGCAGAAAUUACUGAAGCUCGAAAGUCACCUCUGGAAGAGCAGCAGCCUUCAAGAGAAGACCCCACUGGUUUUCUGUGCUGGAAAAAAGGCUGUAACCAAGUCUUUAAAUCCUCCAGUUCGCUUCAGAUGCACUUCAAUGAGGUUCACAACAAAAGGCCACAAUUGCCUGUAUCUGAUCGCCACGUGUACAAGUACCGCUGCAACCAGUGUAGUCUAGCAUUCAAAACAGUGGAAAAACUGCAGCUGCAUUCACAGUACCAUGUCAUCAGAGCAGCAACUAUGUGUUGUCUGUGCCAGCGAAGCUUUAGGACCUUGCAAGCCUUGAAGAAACACUUGGAGACUAGUCAUGUUGAACUUAGUGAAUCUGACAUCCAGCAGCUUUAUGGAGGCCUGCUGAUGAAUGGGGAUCUAAUGGUAAUGGGUGAUCCUUCACUCGGAGAGGACCAGGGAGUUCUUGGUGAAGAUGACAAGGAUGGUGAGGAAAGUGAUCCAGAGGAGAAGCAGAGCCCAACAGGUAGUGACUCAGGGUCACUACAAGAAGAUUCUGGAUCAGAGCCCAAGCGUGCCCUACCUUUUAGGAAGGGCCCCAACUUUACCAUGGAGAAGUUCUUAGAUCCGUCUCGUCCUUUCAAGUGUACAGUUUGCAAAGAGUCAUUUACUCAGAAAAAUAUCCUGCUGGUACACUACAAUUCUGUCUCACACUUGCACAAAGUCAAACGUGCUCUUCAAGAGUCCACCACAGGCCAGCCAGAGCCCACCAGCAGCCCUGACAAUAAGCCCUUCAAGUGCAGCACUUGCAAUGUAGCAUAUAGCCAGAGCUCAACACUGGAGAUUCACAUGCGUUCUGUCCUCCAUCAGACCAAGGCCAGGGCAGCCAAGCUCGAGGCAGCAGGGGGCAGCUCCAGCUCUGUUAGUACUGUUGGCUUAAGUGGUGGGGGCUCCUCUAUCAGCACGUCAUCUUCCAGUCCAAUUCCACCCACUAAUUCAACAACUGGCAAUAGCACUUGUUCUCCUGCUAGUGUUCAGACAGCACAAAGCAUCUUGGGAGGUAACCACAUGAACCAGUCUCACAACAUUGAAAGCCUGGGUAACUCAGCCUGUCAUCCCUCUCCCUCUGAGAAUGAUGUUAAGAAGAAGAAAUUUGCAGACAUGUUGUCUUCUAGGGGUCACCAGCAGCAGCUGCAGCAACAACAACAACUGGCUCAAGCCCAAGCACAAGCCCAGGUCCAACUCCAACAAGAGCUUCAGCAACAAGCUGCUCUUAUUCAGUCUCAGCUCUUCAAUCCUCUUCUACAGCACUUCCCAAUGACAACAGAGGCACUUCUCCCACUUCAGCAACAGCAGCUGCUCUUUCCCUUUUAUAUCCCUGGGACAGAGUUUCAAUUAAAUCCAGAAAUGAAUCUUAACAGUUCUUCCCUUAACCUGACUGGAUCUGCUGCCUCACUUUUAGAAGACCAGAAGAGCUCAGCUCAGCAGGCUCAACAGAGCUGCCUGCAGCAACAGCUCAUGCACCACCACCUUCAACAACAGCAGCAGCACCAAACCCAUUCCCACUCCCAGGCUUCAAAUCAAGUGGCUUUACUUCAGCAGAGUGUAUCUCUCUCACACCCAGUUGAUAAAAAGCCAAAGCCACCUGUUCCUCAGAGCGAGAAAGAUAAAGAUCUGCUUAAGGAUAAAGAGGUGAAUGAGAAAUCAGAGGACCAUAUUUCCAAAGAUAUCUCAGAUGCAGUAAAGUCCAAAGAUAAGAAGGAUGUGCAGCAGGCUGCAAUUAGUAUGAACCAUGACACUGGAUUCCCUCCGCCAAGGAUUGCCUCAGAUGCUCGUGGAAAUGCUACCAAAGCUCUCUUAGAGAAUUUUGGAUUUGAGUUGGUGAUUCAGUACAAUGAGAAUAAACAGAAAGCUCAGAAAAAGCCAUCAGGGACUGGAACAGGUGUUCCAAGUGCACCAUCUGGUAUAACUAGAGUGGUUGACCCUGUUGAAGGAUUAGAGAAAUUGGAGUGUGAAGCCUGUGGAAAGCUCUUCUCCAAUAUAUUAAUUCUGAAGAGUCAUCAAGAGCAUAUCCAUCAGGCCUUCUUCCCAUUUAGAUUCCUGGAGAGGUUUGCCAAGGAAUACAGAGAACAGUAUGACAAACUCUACCCAUUGAGACCUCCAACACCUGAGGCAGUUCCUCCUCCUCCACCUCCACCUCCCCCACCUCCACCACCUCCACAAAGAACUCCAACACCAAAUAUACCUGUUUCGGCUCCUGCUCUCACACCUCCAACUGCUCCUACCCCACAGCCUCAAGUACCAAUGGCCCAAAUUCCUAUGCCAAUGGAUCUGCCCCUCUUUUCUCCACUAAUGAUGCAACCUAUGUCUCUCCAAACAUUACCACCUCAGAUUCCUGGCCCACUGCCAUCGGUGGAGCCUGGUCUGGCCACUGAUCUGGCUCAACUUUACCAGCAGCAGCUCACACCAGCUAUGCUGCAGCAGCAGAAUAAGAGACCAAGAACACGCAUUACAGAUGACCAGCUAAAGGUUCUCAGACAAUAUUUUGACAUCAACAACUCUCCCAAUGAGGAGCAAAUAAAGGAAAUGGCUGACAAGUCAGGGCUUCCCCAGAAAGUUAUCAAACACUGGUUCCGUAAUACUCUCUUCAAAGAGCGCCAGCGCAAUAAAGACUCACCCUACAACUUCAAUAACCCACCCAUAACAACUCUAGAGGAUACCAAAAUCGAUUCGAAACCACCAUCCCCUGAGCCUCAUAGACAGGAGUGUUAUGGUAGUAAGAGGUCUUCAAGGACAAGGUUCACAGACUACCAGCUCAGGGUAUUGCAGGACUUUUUUGAUGCCAAUGCCUAUCCAAAAGAUGAUGAAUUUGAACAGCUGUCCAAUUUGCUGAGCCUACCAACUCGUGUUAUUGUAGUGUGGUUCCAGAAUGCAAGACAAAAAGCCCGUAAAAAUUAUGAGAACCAAGGAGAUGGAGGGAAAGAUGGGGAGCGGCGUGAACUGUCCAAUGAUCGAUACAUUCGCACCACGAAUUUGAACUAUCAAUGCAAGAAGUGCAGUCUGGUCUUCCAGCGAAUAUUCGACCUCAUCAAACACCAAAAAAAGCUUUGUUACAAAGAUGAGGAUGAGGAGGGGCAAUAUGACAGUCAAAAUGAAGACUCUGUAGACCUCUCUCAUGAGUACUGCACGCCAUCUGGCUCAUCUGGCCACACCCCAAUGCCAUCCUCCUCAAGCCUGUGCCCUCUUCCACCCUCCACCUCAGCCUUCUCUCAGAUGACACCAUCUGAAAAGGAGGAGGCAUCACCUGCCAAUUUAUCAAAUUCUUUUGAUGAGAAAUCCAAACAUUCUGCAGAGACUUGUGUAGAUUCCAGGGAAAACCAGUCAUCUCUUAAACAGGAGACGGUACAUCCAUCUGAAAUUUCACAGCAGAAAUCCACAAGAGAUGAGAAAGUACAUAUGACUCCAAAGAACUCAAAACUUUCUUCACCUUCCCUGCAGCAACAACACGGGGGUCCGUCAGCCUCUCAAACUAGCCAAGCUCCUUCCCAAACUUCCCAUAUGGCAAUCAACCCACAUUUAACUUCAGCUUCACAGCAGCUGGCUCAGCAGAUGAUCCCCUACCAGUGUGAGCAAUGCAAACUUGGCUUUCCCUCAUUUGAACACUGGCAAGAACACCAGCAGCUUCAUUUCCUGACUGUCCAAAACCAAUUUAUUCACCCCCAGUUCUUGGAUCGCCCAAUGGAUAUGUCCUUUAUGUUGUUUGAUCCCAGCAAUCCUCUGCUGGCUAGCCAGCUCCUUGCUGGAGCAUUGCCACAAAUACCAAGCAGCUCUGCCACUUCUCCAUCAACGCCCACAUCAACCAUGAACUCCUUAAAGAGGAAGUUGGAGGAGAAAGCAGGUACAAGUCCCGGGGAAAAUGACAGCACCAACAGUGGUGAAGAGCCACAGAGAGAUAAACGCCUCCGGACGACCAUUACACCAGAACAAUUAGAGAUUCUAUACCAGAAAUAUCUCCUUGAUUCUAACCCCACCCGCAAGAUGCUUGACCACAUCGCUCACGAGGUAGGGCUCAAAAAACGAGUGGUACAAGUAUGGUUUCAGAACACCAGGGCAAGAGAAAGAAAAGGGCAGUUUCGUGCAGUGGGGCCAGCUCAAGCCCAUCGCCGCUGCCCAUUUUGCCGUGCCCUUUUCAAAGCAAAAACAGCCCUAGAAGCCCACAUACGCUCACGUCACUGGCACGAGGCCAAACGAGCUGGUUAUAACCUAGCAUUGUCCAGCAUGUUACCUGAACAGGAGGGUAUGCAGUUGAAGAUGGAUCCAUUAGACAUCUCCAGUUACUCCCACCUUGUACCCUCUAACAGUGAUGCACAAUGCUCGUCUCUGUCACCAGUGAGCAAAAACAUGGACUUGUCUCCCAGGGGUCUUCUGAGCCCUACAUCUAUUAAGGUUGAGGGAAUAGAGGACUUCGAAAGCCCAGCUAUGUCUUCUGUCAACAUGAGUUUUGACCAAAAUAAACUUGACAAUGAUGACUGCUCCUCUGUGAAUACUGCCAUCACUGACACUACCACAGGGGAUGAAGCCAAUGUUGAUAAUGAUAGUGCUGAUGCAAAGCAUGGUCAUAAUAGUGGUGACUUUCUCUCUAAAUCUGGGGGCACAGCCCAAUCUACUGAAAAUGAUGAUCAGAUGUCCUCAGGAUUGGUGAGCCCUGCGACAAGCUAUUAUGCGAAAGAUUUUGAGAAUGAGAAUAUGGUGGAUUACAGUGAAACCUCGAGUCUGGCUGAUCCUUGCUCACCAAGCCCUGGGGCUUCUGGCAGUAGAAGCGUUGAUAGUGGAGACAGGCCGGGCCAAAAGCGUUUCCGAACUCAGAUGACAAACCUCCAGCUUAAGGUGCUCAAAUCCUGCUUUAGUGAUUACAGGACUCCCACCAUGCUGGAAUGUGAGGUACUCGGGAAUGAAAUUGGACUUCCAAAAAGAGUGGUACAGGUCUGGUUCCAGAACGCUCGUGCUAAGGAGAAGAAGGCAAAACUUAGCAUGGCUAAGCACUUCGGCAUCAACCAGACAUCCUAUGAAGGACCUAAGACGGAGUGCACUUUAUGUGGCAUUAAGUAUAGUGCCCGUCUGUCAGUCCGAGACCAUAUCUUCUCUCAACAGCAUAUCUCCAAGGUGAAGGACACCAUUGGGAGUCAACUUGACAAGGAGAAGGAGUACUUUGACCCAGCCACUGUUCGUCAGCUCAUGGCUCAGCAGGAAAUGGAUCGUAUCAAAAAAGCCAAUGAGGUCUUGGGACUGGCACAACAGCAAGCCAUGCAACAGCAAGGGAUGUUUGACAGUCCUGCCCUGCAAGCCCUUAACCUUCAGUCAGCCUAUCCAAAUCUGCAAGGUAUACCCCCAGUCCUCUUGCCAGGGGUCGGCAGCCCCUCCUUAUCAGGCUUUAACUCAUCUAACACAGCUUUAACUCCUCCAAAAGCUCCAAACCUCUUGAACAUGCCUGGUGCCAGUGUCCCAUCACCCAGUCUCCCCACAUCUGGUUUACCUAACAAAACCCCCUCUGCUUCCUCUUUGGCCUCACCUAGCCCAGCCCAGGCUAACACCUCAAUUGCCCACUCAAGCCCUACUCCUACAUCCACAUCCACCUCUGUGACAACCCAACAAGGCCCUCGGGCUGAGCCCCAUAAAGAUCGAGAAGCUGAGAGGUCAAGAGAGAAAGAGAAACCUAAGGAGAAGGUGGAGAAGGCCAUAAUGCUAUCUUCAACAGGGGGCACUCCAGCCCCCUCUACUUCUGCUGCCAGCGCCAAGAAAGAAAAGACAGAUACAGCAGUUCCUGCCACUUCAAUGCCAACCCCUGGCAUGGAAUAUGUGGUUGAUCCUGCCCAGCUCCAAACCCUGCAGGCUGCUUUAGCAUCAGAUCCUACAGCUCUACUCACAAGCCAGUUCCUGCCCUACUUCAUGCCUGGAUUUUCUCCAUACUAUGCCCCUCAAAUACCUGGGGCUCUUCAAGGUGGAUAUCUGCAACCGAUGUAUGGGAUGGAGAGCCUUUUCCCCUACAACCCGGCUUUAUCACAAGCUCUUAUGGGGCUGUCCCCUGGGUCUUUGCUGCAGCAUUACCAGCAAUAUCAGCAGAGCUUGCAGGAGGCACUGCAGCAGCAGCAGCGACAGCUCCAGCAAAUCCAGCAACCCAAAGCCAGCCAAACCCCAGCACCCACUCAAUCCUCUGCGGACCGAAAAGAAUCUGCCAAAGAUCCUGUGAAAACAGAGGAACGAAAAGGCACUCCCCCUGUGGAUGCCUCUUCCUCUUCCUCUCACAAUAACAUACCCACUGAGCAGCACGAAAUGGAUGGCAAAGGUUCAGAUCCCCUUCUUGACCAAUACAUUGUCCCCAAGGUUCAGUACCGGCUGGCGUGCCGCAAAUGUCAAGCUGUCUUUAGCAAGGAGGAAGCAGCCCUCAGUCAUCUGAAGUCGAUCUGCUUUUUCGGUCAGUGUGUGGCAAACCUGCAAGAGAUGUUGCUUCAGGUCCCUGGCAGUGGGAGUGCAGGAGAGGGUAGUCUCUAUGACUGCCUGGCCUGUGACACAACUCUGGAUGGGGACAAAGCGCUAAGUCAACACCUGGAGUCAGCCUUGCACAAACACAGAACAAUCAAGCGAUCAGCCAGAAAUGCCAAAGAGCACGCUACUAGAUUAUUACCUCACUCUUCAGCCUGCUUCCCCGAUCCUAACACCGCAUCUACCUCGCAGUCCACCACUCAUCCAAACAACACCCCAUCUCCCCCACCAACAUCAGCCACCACAACAUCUUCAACUGCCUCUUCAUCCUCGUGCUCCUCCUCCUCGACAACCACCCCGCUUAAUACUACAGCUGUCGGCAAACCCUGGCCUCAGGCCUCUUUCUCCAGAGCUUUAGCUGGGAAACCCAAUGCCACUCCUUCUAUGUCAUCUUCUUUCCCACCAAUAUCCUCACCUUCAACGGUUACCUCAAGUUCAUUGAGCACCUCAGGGGUUCAGACCUCGAUACCAACAGACGUCUUUACCGACGAAUCUGACUCUGACAGCAGUCAGAAGUCAGCAGACAGGUUGGGCAGGCUGACAGAGGAGCCACAAAAGCCCGGCUGUCUCAAAGACAGUGGUAGUUGUAGUAGUAAUCUUACUAGUGUAGGAACAGACUCCAUCAGAUUGUAAAAGAGCUUUCAGUGAUGGACAAUAUGUUAAAAAAAAUACAAAAGACAAAAAAAAGAAAAAGAAAAAAAAAAACAA